GGCAGGUACCCGACCCCUAUGGGCCAGGUGGGGGAAAUGGAGGCAGCACGGCGUAUGGGGGAUACAGCUCGCAGACCCUGCCUUCGCAGGCGGGGGCCACCCCCACCCCACGCACCAAGGCCAAGCUCAUCCCCACCGGCCGAGAUGUGGGGCCAGUACCCCCUAAGCCAGUACCGGGCAAGAGCACCCCCAAACUCAACGGCAGUGGCCCCAAUUGGUGGCCUGAGUGCACCUGUACCAACCGGGACUGGUAUGAGCAGGUAAAUGGCAGCGAUGGCAUGUUCAAGUAUGAGGAGAUAGUGCUUGAGCGGGGCAAUUCUGGCCUGGGCUUCAGCAUUGCAGGUGGCAUUGACAACCCCCAUGUCCCUGAUGACCCUGGCAUCUUCAUUACCAAGAUCAUUCCUGGUGGAGCAGCUGCCAUGGACGGGAGGCUGGGGGUGAAUGACUGUGUGCUGCGGGUGAAUGAGGUGGACGUGUCAGAGGUGGUGCACAGCCGAGCUGUGGAGGCGCUGAAGGAGGCAGGCCCUGUGGUGCGGUUGGUGGUGCGGAGGCGACAGCCCCCACCCGAGACCAUCAUGGAGGUCAACCUGCUCAAAGGGCCCAAAGGCCUGGGUUUCAGCAUUGCUGGGGGCAUUGGCAACCAGCACAUCCCAGGAGACAACAGCAUCUACAUCACCAAGAUCAUUGAGGGAGGUGCUGCUCAGAAGGAUGGCCGCCUACAGAUUGGAGACCGGCUGCUGGCGGUGAACAACACCAAUCUGCAAGAUGUGAGGCAUGAAGAAGCUGUGGCCUCACUGAAGAACACCUCUGAUAUGGUCUAUCUGAAGGUGGCCAAGCCAGGCAGCCUUCACCUCAACGACAUGUACGCACCCCCUGACUACGCCAGCACUUUUACUGCCUUGGCUGACAACCACAUAAGCCAUAAUUCCAGCCUGGGUUAUCUUGGGGCUGUGGAGAGCAAGGUCAGCUACCCUGCUCCUCCUCAGGUUCCCCCUGCCCGCUACUCUCCUAUCCCGAGGCACAUGCUGGCUGAGGAGGACUUCACCAGAGAGCCUCGCAAGAUCAUCCUGCACAAGGGCUCCACAGGCCUGGGCUUCAACAUCGUGGGAGGAGAGGAUGGAGAAGGCAUUUUUGUCUCCUUCAUCCUGGCGGGAGGCCCAGCUGACCUGAGUGGAGAGCUGCGCAGGGGAGACCGGAUCUUAUCGGUGAAUGGUGUCAACCUGAGGAAUGCAACCCAUGAGCAGGCUGCAGCUGCUCUGAAACGGGCUGGCCAGUCAGUCACCAUUGUGGCCCAGUACAGACCUGAAGAGUACAGUCGCUUUGAGUCGAAGAUACAUGACUUGCGAGAACAAAUGAUGAACAGCAGCAUGAGCUCUGGGUCUGGGUCCCUCCGAACAAGUGAGAAGAGGUCCUUGUAUGUCAGGGCCCUGUUUGAUUAUGACCGGACUCGGGACAGCUGCCUGCCAAGCCAGGGGCUCAGCUUCUCCUAUGGUGACAUUCUGCAUGUCGUCAAUGCUUCAGAUGAUGAGUGGUGGCAGGCAAGACUGGUGACCCCACAUGGAGAAAGUGAGCAAAUCGGUGUGAUACCCAGUAAGAAGAGGGUGGAAAAGAAAGAGCGAGCUCGAUUGAAAACUGUGAAGUUCCAUGCCCGGACGGGGAUGAUUGAGUCUAACAGGGACUUCCCUGGGUUAAGUGACGAUUAUUAUGGAGCAAAGAACCUGAAGGGACAAGAGGAUGCUAUUUUGUCAUAUGAACCAGUGACUCGGCAAGAAAUUCACUAUGCAAGACCCGUGAUCAUCCUUGGCCCAAUGAAGGACAGAGUCAAUGAUGACCUGAUUUCAGAGUUCCCGCAUAAGUUUGGAUCCUGUGUGCCACAUACUACGCGGCCUCGGCGUGAGAAUGAGGUGGACGGCCAGGACUACCACUUCGUGGUAUCCCGAGAACAAAUGGAGAAGGACAUUCAGGACAACAAGUUCAUCGAGGCAGGCCAAUUCAAUGAUAAUCUCUAUGGGACCAGCAUCCAGUCAGUGCGCGCAGUGGCAGAGAGGGGCAAGCACUGCAUCUUAGAUGUUUCCGGCAAUGCUAUUAAGAGGCUGCAGCAAGCACAACUUUACCCCAUUGCCAUUUUCAUCAAGCCCAAGUCCAUUGAAGCACUUAUGGAAAUGAACCGACGGCAGACAUAUGAACAAGCAAAUAAGAUCUAUGACAAAGCCAUGAAGCUGGAGCAGGAGUUCGGAGAAUACUUCACAGCCAUUGUACAGGGUGACUCACUGGAAGAGAUUUAUAACAAGAUCAAGCAAAUCAUUGAGGACCAGUCUGGGCACUACAUUUGGGUCCCAUCCCCUGAAAAACUCUGAAGAAGCCCCUCCAUCCUUUCUCUUAUGAACAGAAGAAAUCAAGCCCCUCUUCCCUCCUCCCUCUUCAUUCCUGUCCCCAUGGGGAGAACAAAUGACUAUUGUUCCUAUCCCCUUUUUUAGAUAUGUCAAAAAAUUGUUUUCUAGUCCCGUUCUGUUUUUUUAAAUUUUUGUUUUGUUUGAGUUUAUUUUGGGGGGAUGAUGCCAUCUCACUCAUCAUGUGACUGUGCCCAUUCCUGCAUGGACCUUUCCCAAGCACUAGCACAGGUGCAAAUCCAUCAGAGUCAUUGUUUUCAUAAAAAUCAAGCAGAAGCGAAGAGAAGAGAGGAGGACUAAUGGAAAGAUAGACUCCGGACAGCUGCCUGGUUUUGACAUGAGCUCAGCGCACCACGAUGAGGUGCUCCUGCGUCUCCGCCUGUCCGUACCGCUGUCAUGCAGCUCCGAAUGGUGCGAUAUCAUGGCGACAGAAAGUAUCUUAUUUAUAUACAGAUAUAUAUAUGUAAUUUAUCUAAAAUAUAUAGAAAUUAUUAUAUAUAUAUAUUAUACACUCUCAUAUAAUAUAUAUAUAUACACACACACACACACACACACAUCACAUCUUUGGACUAGAAAAUCUAUGGAGACUUCAUCAGUGGUACUGUGUUGUUAGAGAAAUGCUUUAAUUUUCAUAUUCCAAUUAGAUGGCAUCUUAUACCCCAACUGGUUGGGGAGGGAUUGAAAUUUGUAGUAAGUGCUGUACCAAGGGCACUCACACUUGGUCAUUCUCUUGAGAGCUUGGGUUUUCUCUGGAGGGGGCCAGCUGGAGGCCUUCGAGAAAGGGCUUUGGCCUGGGGUGAGAGGGCUCGAGACUUAACCAUGAACCAGCUAUUGCCCCUGAGGUGCAAUCAGUACUGUGUAUGGAAAGAGAGAGAAUGGUUUAAUGAUGCUCCAUAUUAAAUUGCCUAUUGUUUUUGCCACCUGA